AAAUAGUGUGAAAUACUACUAAAAGAGUAGAUUUCAGUCAAUGAAUGACUCAAUCAUUGAAUCAGUUUAUGAUUACAACAAAAACAUAAUAUUUAAUAAAACAAUUGUUUUUGUGAUAAUUUGUUUCAACAAUUGAUCCGACAAUUCAAUCACUAAUUUGUGUGUCUAGUCGUCGYUCAGUUGAUCCAAACCUCACACUUGCCUUAAUCGCUGUCACUUCCCAUCAAAAAUGAACUUUUUCGGCAAAAAACAAACGCCAGACGAGAUAAUCAGACAACAGAAUCGUGAAUUAAGAAGAGCUCAAAGAGAUGUUGACAGAAGUCGUACGGAUAUUGAGAAACAGGAGAAACAAUUGGAGAUCCAAAUCAAGAAAGCGGCCAAAGAAGGCAACAAACAGUUGUGUACAACACUCGCCAAACAAUUGGUUCAAUUAAGGAAAUCCAAGACACGAACGGUUGCUGUCGGCGCCAAUAUCGGUGCUAUUGGAUCACAGACUAAGGUGAUUCAAGCAAACAAUAAGAUGGCUCAAGCAAUGGCCACAACCACUAAGACUAUGAGUCAAAUGAACGCUCAACUAAAACCACAACAGAUAAUGAAGACUAUGCAAGACUUUGAGAAAGAAAAUCAAAUGAUGUCAAUGAAGGAAGAGAUGAUUGAAGACACACUUAAUGGUAUAUUAGAUGAAUCGGGAGAUGAGGAAGAACAGGAUGCUGUKGUGGCUAAGGUAUUGGAUGAGAUCGGCAUUGAGAUCACCGGAAAGUUGGCUAACGCGCCGACGCCGUCCCGAGAUUUGGCCUCAACUUCUAAAGUAUCCGAUAGUGAAAUAGAGGCACAAUUGGCUAAACUUAAGAUGUAGUUAUCAUUAAAUGAUAACUUAAAUAAAAAUUUAGUACUAAUAUAAUUGAGUUCAUAUUUAGUUUAUAUAUAUUUAUAUUUACAGUAGAAAGUCUUUAAAUAAUCA